GGAAGUGACGCAGCAGCUGUAGCGUGACCUCAAGAACCUCAAACAUGCGUCAAUCCCGAAAAAAACAAACUUCACCAAAUGUCGGAUUAUGACUAUCGUAAACUUUCAUUUCAACACUAAAACCCUCCAUGUUCUAAAAUAAGGACUCAACAAACUACGUCAUUGAUCAGGGACCCGUGCGUGUGUCCGGUGGGGCUCUGUAUAAUCCAGCGCAUCUUCAUGGAUUAACUGUCAAGAGACGCUGAAUCAAAUCAUUCUGAUUAAGGACGGCCACGGGACGAGUGAAACAUGCCCCUUCCGUUUGGAUUAAAACUCAAGAGAACCCGGAGAUACACGGUGUCCAGCAAGAGCUGCCUGGUGACCCGCAUCCAGCUGCUGAACGGGGAAUACGUGGAGUUCACGCUGUCGGUGGAGAGCACAGGGCAGGAGUGUCUGGAGGCUGUCGCUCAGAGACUGGAGUUACGAGAGAUAACGUUCUUCAGCCUGUGGUACUUCAACAAACAAAGCCAGCAGAGAUGGAUUGAUUUAGAGAAGCCACUGAAGAAACAGCUGGACAAGUAUGGACUGGAGUCCACGGUUUACUUUGGAGUGGUUUUCUACAUCUCGUCUGUUACACAGUUACAACAAGAGAUAACCAGAUAUCAGUAUUAUCUCCAGCUGAAGAAAGAUGUUCUGGAAGGAAAGAUUUCUUGCUCUAUUGAACAAGCCAUUCAUCUGGCCAGCUUGGCUGUGCAAGCUGACCUCGGAGACUUCGAUCGAUACGACUCCCAGGAAUUCCUUCAAAAAAUUGUGCUGUUUCCAAUGCCGUGGAUCCAGGAUGAGAGGCUUGUGGAGGAGGCCACUCAGAAAGUCACCGCGCUCUAUAAAAACUACAGAGGUCUGUCCGCACCGGAGGCUGAACUCCUCUACAUGCAGGAGGUGGAGAAGACGGAGGGAUACGCGGAGGACAGCAUCCAGGCCAAGGACAGUCAGAGCACAGAUGUGAUUAUCGGCUCCUGUCUGGACGGGAUAUUUGUCAAACACAAAAAUGGAAAAGCUCCUCUCUUGUUCCGGUGGAAUGACAUUAAUAACAUGACUCAUAAUAAGUCUUUCUUUGCCCUGGAGCUGGCCAACAAAGAAGACACCCUCCAGUUCCAGGCCGAGGACAUGGAGACGUCCAAAUACGUGUGCAGAAUGUGGCUGGCGCGGCACAAGUUUUAUAAAAUUAACAACAGCAGUCUAGAGCCGUCCGACGGCCCGUCCUCUGACGGCUCCCAGAGGUCCAUUCUCACUCUUUCAUUUCCACGCUUUCCCACGCUCCUGCGUCCCUCUCUGCCUACUAACAAGGGACAAACACAGGCCGCUCCUGUGAACCCGGUGAGGAGACGAUCCUCUACAAGAAUGUCUCUGCCAAAACCUCAGCCGUACAUGAUGCCACCCCAGAUGCACUUUAAUGGUCAUUAUAAUGAACCGUACACAUCAUCACAAGAUAAUCUUUACAUCAACAAUCAGAACGGUUUCUACUACCAUUCUCAGACCAGUCUCGACCGCUCUCCACACGAGUAUAACGGACGCAUCCGUAACGGCAGCGUGUACAGCGCUCAGAGCACCAGCUCUCUCAACAACCCCCAGCACUACCUGCAGCCGUCUCCCAUGUCCUCCAAUCCCAGCAUCACAGGAAGUGACCUCAUGCGGCCCGACUACGUGCCCUCGCACCGCCACAGCGCCCUGAUUCCUCCCUCCUACCGCGCCACGCCCGACUACGAGACCGUCAUGAGGCAGAAGAACCUCGGGAUGGUGCCGCCCGCCGAGCGUCAGAGCCAUUCGAUGCGCAAUCUCAACAUCGGCAACUCUUACGCUUACAGCCGACCCGAUCCGCUCGUGUACAGUCAGCCCGAGAUCCGCGAGCACGGGGCGGGUCACUACCCGUUCCAUCUAAACUACAGCUUCCACAGUCCCUCCCCGUACCCCUACCCCACCGAGAGACGGCCGGUAGUGGGUGCCGUCAGCGUCCCCGAGCUCACCAACGUCCAGCUCCAGCAGGCUCAAGAAUACCCGCCGCCCAACAUCAUAAGGAAUCAGGUGUACUGGCCUCCGCCCCCGUAUCCGUACCCUCACCCCCGACCCGCCAACAGCACUCCGGAUCUGUCGCGUCACCUGUACGUCAGCAGCAGUAACCCGGAUCUCAUCACGCGCCGCGUCCAUCACUCGGUGCAGACCUUUCAGGAGGACAGCCUGCCUGUGGCGCACUCGCUGCAGGAAGUGAGCGAGCCGCUGGUCACCACGCGCCGUCCGCACAUGCACAAGAGGAACUCCAUCGAGAUCGCCGGGCUGGCGUACGGACUGGAGAACAUGAGGCUUAAAGAGAGAAAGGUAUCUGCAUCUACAGCCGAGACUCCGCCUCCCAUCGUCCGGUCGAAGUCGCCCGCCGCUUCCGACGUCGACGUGGUUCUGGAGGUCUCGAAGCCCGAGGAGGCCGUCAUCAAAGACGACGUGUGCUACGGUCACAAAAAGUCUUUGUCCGACGCCACCAUGUUGGUGCACAGCAGCGGUGAGGAAGAGGAGUUCGAAGACGACGGCGGCCGUCACACCCCUCGGUCUCUGGACGCAGUGAGCGGCCCCGCACAUCACCUGACGCCCAUCGGUCGACCCCUCGGAGAUCCGCCCGCUUACCCGUUCAGCCACAGUGUGGACACGGUCCCUCUCUCGUACCAACUCCAUUCUCUCGGCCCGCUUCCGGCGCUCCCUGAGCCUGGACACCUGGUGCCCUCUGUAUCUGAAGGCGAUCUGAGCGGACAGGGACGAUGCAAAUAUAAGAGAGACGUCUUUAAAAAGCCCGUCUCUGAUGUGCCGCCCGCCAGAAGAAACAUUGACGGACUUCCACCCCCGGGUAUGAAGAAAGGACGCUCCGAGGUGAAGAAGAUGGGCCCGCUGAAGCUGGCGGCUCUGAACGGCCUGACGCUGUCCAGAAUGCCUUUACCUGAUGAAGCUAAAGAUGACUCCGAGAACACCUCCAAUGAUGAGAGGUGUAAGAUGCUGGAGAUGCGUAUGGAGCAGAAGUUGGUCUUCACAGAGUACGAGCAGAUACCCAAGAAGCGUCUGAACGGCGAGUGCACCAUCGCUCAGAUGCCAGAGAACAGCGACAGGAACCGUUUCCAGGACGUCCUGCCCUACGACGACACGCGUGUGGAGCUGGUGCCCACCAAAGAGAACAACACGGGUUACAUCAACGCCUCUCACAUCAGGGUUACUGUCCGAGGUAAGGAAUGGAGUUACAUCGCCUCUCAGGGUCCGCUCUCCAACACCUGUCAAGAUUUCUGGCAAAUGGUUUGGGAACAAGGAGUGGCCAUCAUCGCCAUGGUUACAGCAGAGGAGGAAGGAGGUCGUGAGAAGAGUUUCCGCUACUGGCCUCGUCUGGGGUCUCGCCAUAACACUGUUACAUACGGACGGUUUAAGAUCACCACGCGGUUCCGUACGGACUCGGGAUGCUACGCCACAACGGGCCUGAAGAUCAAACAUCUUCUAACGGGGCAAGAGCGGACCGUCUGGCACCUGCAGUACACCGACUGGCCCGACCACGGCUGCCCGGAGGACUUUAAAGGAUUUCUCUCGUACCUGGAGGAGAUCCAGUCAGUGAGGAGACACACAAACAGCUCCGGCGAUCCAAAGAACACAAAUCUGCCGGUUCUGGUUCACUGUAGCGCUGGGGUGGGACGCACCGGUGUGGUCAUUCUGUCUGAGAUCAUGAUCGCCUGUCUGGAACAUAAUGAGGAUCAAGAAGUGCCGGCGGUUUUGAACCUGUUGCGACAGCAGCGUAUGAUGAUGGUACAGACGCUCUCGCAGUACACCUUCGUUUACAAAGUCCUCAUUCAGUUCCUGAAGAACUCGAGACUGAUCUGAGUUCAGCGCUGGCCUGAACAGCCCUGUCUGAAGCGCUCAUCCCGCCGGGAGGAUCAGACUCUCCUCGGUCCGCUCGCAGUAUUACUGAAGGUCGGGGACGUGAGCCGGGGCAAGUAUGAAGGAUUCUGCACGGCAGGCUCCAUUUCACCAGUAUUAUGCACAGAUUCUCCUGUGGGCUUUGACACGUGACUGCACGUGGCCGGCACUUUUAUUUCGCUGUACAUAGCAAAGCGCACUCCUGCUGCAGAUCUGAUGUCAUAUUUAAACACUGAACUGCGUUUGUUCUUUUCAUCUGGAAUCUUGUUACAGCGGAAUGAUUUUAGCAUGAAGGACUGAAAACGCGUGUGAGAUGGAAGUCUCGGGUGAAUCUCACAAGUACCCUGUAAGAUAUUUCACGUGAAGUCUGUUUUUACCACCGUUGCUGUCAUUUGGCAUUGUGAUAGUUUCAUGACAAAUUAAGAACAUUUAAAUUCACAUGAAUGGAAUGAAGUUUGUUUAUUCUUGUAGUUCGCUAUUUUUAAUGAUUCUGCUAAUCAUCCUGUAAUGCUUUUUUAUUUAAACCUAAGUUUACUGCAAUACACCGAAUACCGACGUAUAAAUACUUGGAUUAUAUAAUUGCAAUUUUUUCUGAGAAAUGUGCCUGAUUGUUAUGGAUAUGAUGUCACAAUGCACAACAUGUUGAUGGUCUUACAGGCUUUGUCGUCUUUAAACAAAAUAUAAUUUCAUAUUUCUUCUGUAAAUGUGGCCCACAUGAUUGUGUGAGAUUUGGCCUCUCGGUGCAUCAUGGGAUGCGUAAGUGUUUGUGAGGAGCGUGAGAGUUUGUUGAAAUGAAGGAUCACAUGCAGUGUUAUGGGACAUUGGUGAGGUUUGAUUUUGAUCUGUCAGCGUUAGAACGCAGCCAAAGAAAAGACUGUUUACCUUUAGCAACCUUUAAAUCAUUUAAAAUAUGAUGUAUUCAACUUUUAUAUGAAAGCUUUCAAAUGUUUUCUACAUGUAAUCAUCAGAAAGGCUUUCUUAUUGCAUUAGGGAUAUUUUUGUAUUUCUUCAUCUUCUGCCAGCGUUCUCAAACCUGACACCAAAGAGCGUCGCACAGUUUGUACAGUUAACAGUUCAAUACCUUAAACAUAAAAAAUUCAACCUAUCUGAAGUCUUAAAACACUGUGAAACUCCACACGUUCAUCGAAUGAAAUGCAAUUGUAGUUUGAAGGAUUAGCUUGCGCCAUAAAGAGUCGCGUAGGCCCCGUCUCAUAAUCUUUAUAUUAAUACAAAUAAAAGCUACAUUCCACCAGGAGCUGUGCGUCAUGAUGCGCUCUGUAAAAGUUCUAAUGGUGAUUUAAAGUGCAAAGUGAAACCAAAAUAUACGAGUUGUUACCUCAACCCUACAGGUGAGUGUCAUGAGAUGUCUCGGUCAUAUUUCACUUGAAAAUCAAGACAAAAAAAAACAAACUUAAGGGUGUGAAAAAAUGAAUUAAAAUUGUUAAGUACAAUUGUAAAUACACAUCAUGGCAGUUUGAUGCUGAUUUUGUGAAAUGUUACUGUAUUACAGUAUUGAGAACACAUAAAUGUGCAAAACAUGUUCAUUUUGCAAGCGAGUUAUCACCCAAAUAUUGCUCUCUUUUCUAUUCUCAAUAGUGCCGGUGUUGGGUUGAAUGUUAAAAUAAAUCUAAGAUUGUUGUGUUUUUUGUGAAGGACAAUCCUUUUGUUUCCUCUGAUUUCUACACAUGAUGAAGUUUAAUGGAAGGAAAACAGAUGGUAGCCUUUAAAAGCACAAUUGUCUUGACUACACCAUACAUUACUGUUAAUGUACAUUUUUACUUUUCACAGAAAUGAAAACUGGACUUAACAGAUCCUCCCCGAGAUGCUUUUGUUCUUUCAUGUAAAUUAAUAGAAAGUAGUGUUUAUACUGCAGAUUUGGAGUGUUAUUCCUUUUUAAGCGAGUUAAGUUUGAGAUUUAGGUUGAUAUGAUGUGUUUUGGUUGUGUGGUGCGAGAUGCCGGCGGCUGCAGUGUUUGUUAGCUGAAGAUGUGCGGCUAUCAGAAGAGCUAAAUUAUAUCCCUUUGUAAACAACUAUAUUUUUCAUUCAGAAAAUAAAUAUUUUAAAUGAUUAAAGUACUGCAUUGUUUCUUUUUGAGCAGCUUGUUUGCAAAAACAGUUAUUUUCAAACAUUGUUUUUUAUUGUGCUAGCUGUAUUUUUUUUUACCAUAUUAAUAUCUUUGGUUAUUACUUAAUCAAAACAACCCAACUGCAGCUUGAUUUAUUUUAUUUGGAAUGCACAAUA